GUGGAGUUUCGUAUGUUCUCCUGUGUUCUUGUGGGUUUCCUUCCGUUUCUCUGGUUUGCAUCCACUAUCCAACACAUGCAGGUAGGCAGACUGGCUAUGCUAAAUUGUCCAUAGGUAUGAAUGAGUUUGGAAGUGUGUGUGUGCAUGGCUCUCUGCGACUGGCGUCCCAUACAGGGUGAAUUCUCAGGGUGAAAACACUUAAUGAAGAUGAAUGGAUGAUUAAACUCAUGUUACUGAUAUGUUUUACUUCUAACAAAAUGCUAGUAACACAUCACUAUCACUGUAUACACUGUGAGAUAUUUUUGUAAAAACAUUCACCUUGUCUCAACAUGACGAAGCAUAAUAAAGGUGUUAGUGUUUUAAGGAUACACAGCAGAUACACUGGAAAAGGAUCUGGCAACUUUUUUUUGCCAAACUUAAACUGUCCAGUUUGGGUGAGCCUGAGCCCAUGAUAGCCUCAGAUUCCUGUUCUUUGCUGAGAGGAGUGGAACCCAAUGUGGUCUUCUGCUGUGGAAGCCCAUCCACCUCAAGGUUUGACAUAUUGUGCAUUCUGAGAUGCUUUUCUGCUCACCAUGGUUGUGAAGAGUAGUUAUUUGAGUUACUGUAAGCUUUUUGUCCAGUCGAACCAGUCUGGCCAUUCUCCACUGACCUUGCUCAUUAACAAGGUUUUUCCACCCACAGAACUUUUUAUUAAGUGUUUUAUUGUUUUUUGCACCAUUCUGUGUAAACUCUAGAAACUGUUGUGUGUGACAAUCCUAGGAGAUCAGCAGUUUCUGAAAUACUCAAACCAGCCCAUCUGGUACCAAGAACCAUGCCAUGGUUAAAGUCAGAGAUCACAUGUUUGAUGUGAACAGGAUCUGAAGCUCUUGACCUGCGUGCUGCUGCCACCUGACUGGCUGAUUGGAUAAUUGCAUGAAUAAGCAGGGGUACAAGUGUUCCUAUUAAAGUGGCCGGGUUUAGUUAUACGAGAAAGCAGUGAAUUUAUGAUUUUGGUAUUUUUAAAAGCCCAAAUUUUGUCCACUCGCCCAGACAAACACAUUUUGCUCUGUACAAUCCAAUGAAAACCAGUGCGGAAACCCGCCCAGUCUGGCAGCAGAGUGAGAGACUCAGACUCAGACUCUCCUCUCACGCAUCGGAUCCUCUGCAGGCGUCGAGAUAGCGGAUAAACAUGUAGUCUGAUCCCCUCAGCUCCUGUUUCUGUUCUACACACACCGAUGCUACAGAACACUGGAGAUGGAGAGCUGAUGGUUGUGUAUUUUCACUGGACAUCAGACAAGCUGGAAAAUUGGAAUCACUGGUUUGGGGAACAAAUCUGACUCUGAUGCGUUCAUUCCUGAGGCCAGAAUUGUUCUGAAAGUAUAAAGUAUAUGCAUCCCAGGAACCCCCAAAAUACGAGGAUUGGUGCUGAGUCAAGUGGAAAAAGAGCAGCUGAGUUUUCAUAACAUGAAUCAAACCACUCAGGCUGGAUGUAGAUGUUUAUUGUGUAACUUACAGGGCUGUUUGAAUAUAAAAAAAGGUGAUGUUGAGCAAGCAAGAAAGAGGACACAUGCGUCGGAAUGAUACAGGGUUUCACCCCACUCGUCCAAUUUCUGCUCCUGCUCCUCCUUAUGGGAUUUGCAAUGGCUGGUCUACAUCUGUGGCCCUCAGUACAUGUUGCUCUAAGCAAUGCCAGUGUUUUUGUCACUUACAAUGCAGACAGCAACAUGAUAGACAGUGAUCUGUCCAUGGAUUUGGUUGACCUUGAUAGGAAUUUAACUGUGCUUACUAGACCUCUGCCAUUCAACCAGUCAACGGGCGUUCUGGAGUUUGACUGCACGUACUUCCUAUAUGCUGGGAACUUCAGCUUCAGAUUAAACCAAAUGUCCCACCAGGGUGCACUGAAAAGUAUCUCCAGGUGGUGGAGCCCAGUACUACGCAUCCAGUGGCCCACUUUCCACUUUGGAGUGGAACGUGCUAACAACAACUACAGCUCUGGUGCAUUUCAGGUUUCUGUGUCUACCAACAUUGACUUCCAUGUCUGCCUGAACAUCAACUCAUCCCUUUACCUAGAGGUCAGCUACAUGGAGCACAACCAGAUUGGGAAGAACACCAUCGACAAGGUGCAGAAACGAACGACACACAACAUCCAGGUUGUGAAGUCCCAGCAUGUGGACCUCAAGUGUGCUUCCCUGCUGACUGAGGCUGGCUUCAUCCAAGUAGCUCUCAAGUCUCACUACACCCAACAGGACAUCAAAUCCUCAGGACCACUCUAUCUGUCUCGCAUCUUCUCCUACAAGGUUCUGGUUGAGAACAGCUACAGGAGUGGCUGUGAGGGCACAGUGUCUGUACGCCUGCUCUCUCCACCCUGCACGGUCACCACAGGGAAGGUGUUGCUGUAUAAGGAGGCCAGUGCAGCUUCAGAGCAGGAAAAGCCGUCUCAGCUUGCCUUUCACUUUCUCACCCGAGGAGAGAAUGAGACAGAGUUUAAUUGCUCCCAGUUUGAUCUUGGCCAGAAAAAGUACUGCUUUCAUUAUGCGCGUAUCUAUAGUCAGUCCUCCAGUUUGGCACACACAUGCAUCAUUGUGCAAAGAAAUGCUGUAGAGAUGUGGGGCCCAUGGCAAACAUGGAGCGGGUGCAGUGUGACCUGUGGAGAGGGGGUACGAGAGCGUUUGCGUGAGUGCUUGCUGCCCCCUGCUGGUGGGAUGCAGUGCACUGGCAUGGUGAGAGAGCAGUCACUCUGCUCCCUGGAGGACUGCACUGACGUUCUGCCAACCAUUUCCGUCCCACCUCCUCCAGCUGUGGACUCCUUUCUCGGAGGAAAUCUAGUUGUGGUGGCUGGUAUCGCUGUCUGUCUAGCUGUCAUCCUGGUCACUAUCCUCAUCACAGUGUGGAGGAAACUGUGCCAUGCCCCCAAGUGUAGCUCAGCACAGCCUGAGUCUAUGCAUUCUCCUGGUGGACGCAAGAACUCAGAUGAGGCUUCUAUUUGUGGACGCAGCGUGAAGAGGCCUAGUUUCUCAGAGAGUAUGGGGGCAACUACACUUCACAAAGGCGAAACAUGCCCUGUGUCUGUUCGAGCAGCGUCAGAAAAGGGGGUACUGGCCUGUCAGCAGAGUUUCUCCCUCCCCAUGCCCUUUCCCCAGGAUGCUGAGUGGCUGUCCCCCUCUGGUCAAAAGAUUCUUCCUCCCAUUUUUGGGUAUCGUUUGGCACAGCAGCAGCUUAAGGAAAUGAAGAAGAAAGGACUUAAAGAGGCCACACAAGUCUAUCAUGUCUCUCAGAGUCCUGUUGAUGACACCAUGGUGGAGGCCACAGCCUCAACAUCUGCUGGUCUUACGCCUGUGCCUCAGGACCUGGCAAGUCAAGAAGAAGUCAGUGUCAGUCACCUCCGCAAAUCCCCUUUCACAGAGCCCACAUGGCCUCACAGAAACUCUGCCACUCUGCCUGACAGACUGAGCCCCAAGGUGGACCUUAUGUUAGCCAUGCCAAAAGCUGUUGUUAGUGACCGGGACCGACGGCAAGAACGCACUGCAGACUGGGUGGCAAUGGUGGAACGCAGCAGACUUGGUUUUUCUAAGAAUCCAAACUUCAGGAGGACAUCUAGCUUCAACGAGAGCAACCUGCAGCAGUUACCUAAGCCACAGCCUUUUAGGGAGCGAAGCAUGACUCAGGUGGUGCCCCGCCAGCUCCCAGAGGGCAGCUGUAGAGCCAGAGCCUGGGAGCAUCCAAUACCUGAGCUGGAGGACUGGUCUCAGACUAAAUAUAGGAUGCCUGACAGCUCUAGUGACCACAGGCAGCGACCUUGGGUAGAUAUGCCUUCCUUCUCAAAAUCCAAACCCACAAUGGUUCAAUUAGGGACUUCUAAAAAUCAAGUAACUGACAGUCAUGGAGUGGGCUGGGCCCCAUCUUUUGGGAUGGAUCGAGUAGAAAGGGCAGAACAAAAUUGGAACAGGAGAGGUCCGUCACCUAUUCAGAGGAACAUUUUGGCCAGGAAGUUGCGAGAAGCCAAUUCAUCAACCAACCACCACAGACAGAGAAGUUCCACCUUCUCUAGUUGUAAUCAGAGCAGGGGCCGAUGCCGAAGCCUCCCACUCUCUGCAGACUACAGCAGCUCCUCCUAUGGCCUGACUGAGGAUGAGCAGCGAAUGAUGGACAUUUCUGGAUAUCUGGGAGAAGAGGAUGGGAACGGAAUAAUGAAAGAUCUCAGAUUCAGCUGAUUACAUCUGUGAACGUCCAGAUCAGAAACUCCAGAGCUGAUUUCCCACAAUUGAAUCUUUCUCUAGUUGUUGUGGUUUGCUUUUUAAAAUAAUUUUAGAGCCUUUAUUUGGGAAUGACCAUUUUGGGAACAAGUUUUAUGAUUAGCUGAAUGAUGAAUUAUUUAUUAUUUUUGUGUUUAAAUUUCAUUUUAUGUUCCUUAGUAAUCUAUUAUCAUCACAAAUUAUAUUAAAUGUGCACAGUGUAGGAAUUUUAUUCUCAAAACAUACAAUAUGCUCUGAAGAGAUUUAGUAUGUUAUUGCCAAAUGAUUAACCAGUUAAAUGUAAGCAUUGUAACUUUAAUGCCAUAAGAUCAAGUUAUUUUAACGGAUACUGUAUAAAACACCAAGUUGGAAUUAUCAAGUAAAUGAGUAAACAUUCAACAAAAAACUAUACUAUUAUUAAAAUUUUUACUGCAUUAAAUGGUAUAUUGCAGCAGCUUGGUUUGUCUCUAAACCCAUUUAA